AUGUUUCAGCUGUGGCUGGUUGUUGGGAAACCAAUGCCUGUUUUGAGAGAAAAGCUGAAGAUUUCCCUUGAGUUUCUUGAACGAGAUCAGUUACUGAAAGUGAAAGAUAGUAUCUGGUUCUCUUUUCUAAUCUCUGUUCUUUUUCAGAAAAAGCUAGUAGCUAUUCCUGACCAUACAGACAUCUCUGUGACCCCAGAAGAGAGAGUACGUGCCUUAAGCAAACUUGGCAGCAAUAUCACAAUCAAUGAAGAUAUCACUCCACGUCGUUACUUUAGAUCUGGAGUAGAGAUGGAGCGAAUGGCAUCAGUAUAUAUGGAGGAGGGAAACCUGGAGAAUGCUUUUGUUUUUUAUAAUAAGUUCAUAACGUUGUUUGUAGAAAAGCUGCCCAGUCACCGAGACUAUCACCAAUGUGCAGUACCAGAAAAACAAGAUAUUAUUAAGAAAUUGAAGGAGGUUGCAUUUCCACGGACAGAUGAAUUGAAGAGAGAUCUUUUAAAAAAAUAUAACUUAGAAUAUCAAGAAUACAUGCAAAACAAAAACAAAUGUAAAACUGAAUUUCUGAAGAAACUAGAGCAUCAAAAGCUAAUAGAGGCAGAGAAGAAACGAAUCGCACAUAUGCGGCAACAGCAGCUUGAAUCAGAACAGUUUCAAUUCUUUGAGGAUCAGCUUAAGAAGCAAGAGCUGGCUCGAGAUCAGAAAAUCAAAGAGAGCGUGGUUAUGUCUGAACAGAUAGAUGGAAGUAUGCUAUCUUGUAUUUCUGUACCAGAGAACAGUUCCUUAUCUACUGCACUGCUUGAGAAAAAAGAGAGGAGCGGCACAUCUGGCUGUGCUGGACAUUCACCUCCAGUAAACCGGGUCUUAAAGCCAGCAGCUACUUUAGGUGCUGUUCAGACUCAAUUGGCUGAAGCACUCAGAGGCGUCAUUUUGCCCAGGGAUCUCUGUCACAAAUUUCUGCUGCUAGCAGAGGCAAAUACAGUAAGAGGAAUAGAGACAUGUGGAAUUCUCUGUGGAAAACUGACACAUAAUGAAUUUACUAUUACCCAUGUAAUAGUGCCAAAGCAAUCUGCAGGACCAGACUACUGCGACAUGGAGAAUGUGGAAGAAUUAUUUGGUAUUCAGGAUCAGUAUGAUCUCCUCACUUUGGGUUGGAUCCAUACACAUCCAACUCAAACUGCAUUCUUAUCCAGUGUUGAUCUUCAUACUCAUUGUUCUUAUCAGCUAAUGUUGCCAGAGGCCAUUGCAAUUGUUUGUUCACCAAAGCAUAAUGACACUGGCAUCUUCAGACUUACAAAUGCUGGCAUGCUAGAAGUUUCUGCUUGUAAAAAGAAGGGAUUCCAUCCACAUACAAAGGAGCCUAGGUUAUUUAAUCCAUGUACCCAUGUGGUUGGGAAAGACAUAAAGAUAAUUGUGCUGGAUCUGAGGUGAUACAGAUGGAUGAUAGCGAUGUUACAACACAAAUGGCCAAAACAGAAAAUGGAUUCCUGUUUUUCCUACAUUUUCAGAAAUGACUUUUAUAUUUAUACAUUCUAGAUUGAAUGGUUUGUUAUUUAUUGCUCUAGCCUGUUUUGGAGUUAUUUUGUUGCUCUGUCAAGAUGGAGUUCAGUGGCAUUACCCCUGAAUCUGUAAACAAAUCUCACCUAUAAAACACAACAAUAAAAUGAACUCAAAC